CCGGAGUGCUCCUCGUCACAGGACGAAAAAAAAACCACCUCUUCACGCAAUCCAUCGAAUCUAUCUACAUUUUUGCUCAUCAACCACGCUACGCUGCCGAUAACUAUGCCAGACUUCUGGUGGCACCUCGAAUCAGUUCCCGGUACCUGUUGAUGCGAUUUUUACCCCUUCCAACCGCGUCCUCGUUGGGAAAACUGGGGUCAGCUGUGAAGAGGGCCCCUGCUACAAGAGAUGCAAAACGGCAUAACAAAUGCUACUUCGCGCCAAAAUGAACGUGUGACCCCGGAAUUCGACCCCGUGUCGUCCGACCUCCCUUUGAACGACCCUUCGUAUGAUUCCAUCCCCCUCGAUACGAACCCGUCCGAGCUCGAAGAAAACAAACCAGUGGAUCACAGUGAUGGACCGCCGUCAAAGAGGCGCAAAGUCGGGAGCUCCACGCCGUUGCGCCGGUCGAUCUCCAGGCCAGCUUCUCCCCCAUGGAAGAAGGCUGGCGCUGAUGGCCCGACCUCCCUUCUCGUUGAUGGCAAGCGUCGAUCUACACGCGUGAGCAACGUGGGUCCAUCAGAGCAGCCUCCAUCCGACGCAAAGCCCGCGCGAAACGGCCAAAGGCACUAUGUAAGUAAAGCUGUUGCUAGUCGAGGGGAUCCAUCAGCCGCCUCCUCGCCCUUGCCAAUGUCUCCAUCCCGUCACGGCGGGAACAGGAGGUCCCUAGGGGGCGGUGCCGCAGUGAAUGGUUCACUAGUUACCACGACAAGGGGUGCAGCUGGCAGGAGGAGACGGGUCUCGCCUUCGCCUGGGCCCAAGCGUACAUCGACGCGCACAAGGUCCGACAGUUCCGGUGCUUCGGGUUACCACAACCGGUCGUCCAACUCGGUCACCGGCCGCUCAACAACGGGCCGAUCCACUCGAUCCUCCUUACAUACCUCUUCAGUCGCGAUCGAUGUCGAAGGUGACGCGGAGGGAAGACUGGAAGCCGUGGAACCAGAUGAGCGCGAUGAAAAUGGACAGCAGAUACCUCGGCUACGAAUCAAGGUGAAAAAACCGGCUCUUACUAUUCAACACCCGGCACAUGUUAUUCCCCCUCGAAAGUACGGUUCCUUCAAAGAAUGGUUGGAGAAUGAUGGUUCGGGACAAAACGGCGAGGGUGUGCUCAGUUCGGCUAAGGCACUCGAGGAAGCGCACAAAAGGCAACAAGUAGCAGAUGCCAUGGAACCAGGCGGUCUUUUGAGCGCCGAAGUUUGCUCUGCAUUCUUACCGGAGCAACAAGAAGAGCCACCUCGGCAGUACUCGCACCAAGAUCACCUAGUGGCGCAUGUAUUAAACUUUAAAAAGCUUCUUGACAUGGAACACAGGCGCCAUCGCAAUACCGCAAAGCUCGUCGCCCAAUGGUGCGCAGAUGCAUGGAGGAAGCGCAAUAAGGAUCCAGAAGAUCUUCUAAGGGAGCAGCAGGUGGAAAUCCGGGGAAAGCGCAAGCAGUUGGCAAAAGACCUCAAGAAAAUGUUUGACCUAGCUCGAGCAGAGAUCGACCGAAUACGUUUGGCACGCUGGGAGGAGGAGCAGAAAGCAAAGGAUCAGCGAGCUCUAGACCGAGCCCUUAAGCAGUCUACCAUGCUUUUCAAGAAGCGGCGGAUGGAGAUACUGGGUGAGACGGGGAGCGAUGCUCAAGGGACCACUGAUGAUGAUGAUGACGAUGAUGAUGAAGCUGAGACUGAUGAUUCCGAUAAAGAAUCUGAUGAAUCCGAUGGUGAGAGCAACAUGUCAUCUACGGACAACGAAAGCGAAGAGGGCGAUGGAGACUAUGACGCCGACAAGCACCUUACUGAGGAACAACUACGCUUAAAAUACGCAAAUUUACCCGAUACUCCCCUCGAGUCGAACCAUUUAUCUUCAGAUUCCGACGCGGAGUCCGAGAAUAGCGACAGCACGGAUGUCGUCAAUGACACUCCAGGGGACUCAGUACCUCCGUCAGCAGAGUACCCGCCUAGCCAAAUAGAUCUCGACGAGGUUGACCCAAUGCUGAUCGACGCUAGCGAUGAGUCUACCGAUAUGGAUGAUGAUAUGGGCGACAGCGAUGAUGACGAGUCUAGUGAAGCUGAUUCAGGGGAGGAGGAAGAGGAAGACAAUGGGCCUGGGUUAUUGGGAUUUUUCUCCAAAAAAGACUUGAGUUCGAGCGAGCUACGUUCGACCGGCGGCGAUGAAGAUGAUAACGACCCUGGUGUGGACCCUGGGAGUGGCGAUGCGCAACUAGCAUCAUCUGACGAGGAUGAGUUCGAGGGUGAAUCUGAAGAUCCAGAUGAGGUUACUCUUGUUCCCAACGGACCAGCGAAGAAAGGGUCCGUCUCCCCUUCUGAAACGGAGACUCCUCUUGAGACGCCUAUUGAAGGUAUCACACCCGCCGAGGUUAAAACGCCUCUCUUUGAGGAAAUCUCUUUGGAUGCCGCUGUCGUGGAGAAUGCCACUCUUCAUGAUGGCCCGGGGAAUCCAAGCAAAGAGGCCGAAAUGCCAGACGCCCCCCUGGUCGAAGCUCCAGUUCAACCCACUGAAGCACUUGCCUCCCCUCUCACAGUACAGGAAACCGCCGAUGCCCCAUCUGGCCACGGACAAUGUCAUCAUAGUAGAGCUCCCUCAAGCGAGGCGUCCCCGGGCACGGUGGCCACCAAGCCCUCUGAGCCCGAGUCCAUCUCAUCCUACGAAGCUCCGGCAGAGAAAAUAGCAGAGUCGAGUGAAUCGCCCGCCCCUGGACUAAAAACACCCAUACCACACCUUCUUCGGGGAACCCUGCGAGAAUAUCAACAUUUUGGCUUGGAUUGGUUAGCCGGUCUUUAUACGAACAAUAUCAACGGUAUCCUCGCAGACGAGAUGGGAUUAGGCAAGACUAUUCAAACGAUUGCUUUACUUGCCCACUUGGCCGUGGAGCAUGAAGUAUGGGGACCGCAUCUUGUCGUUGUCCCUACAAGUGUGAUCCUCAAUUGGGAAAUGGAGUUCAAAAAGUGGUGUCCCGGUUUCAAAAUUAUGACUUAUUACGGAAACCAAGAAGAACGUCGACAAAAGCGCAGAGGCUGGACGGAUGACAACAGUUGGAAUGUGCUGAUCACCUCGUACCAGCUGGUGCUACAGGAUCAGCAAGUCCUCAAACGAAGGGCAUGGCACUAUAUGAUUCUCGACGAGGCGCAUAAUAUUAAGAAUUUCCGCUCCCAACGGUGGCAAGCGCUGCUCACCUUUCGGACACGCGCUCGGCUAUUGCUUACCGGGACGCCUCUCCAGAACAAUCUUACCGAGCUGUGGUCUCUUCUCUUCUUCCUGAUGCCAACUGACGGUGAAGGGACUGGUAUUGACGGCUUUGCUGACUUGAAGGAAUUUUCCGAAUGGUUCCGACGGCCUGUUGAGCAAAUCUUGGAGCACGGCAGAGAGACAAUGGAUGACGAUGCAAAGCAGGUGGUGACCAAACUGCAUACCGUUCUUCGACCAUAUAUCUUGCGCCGUCUAAAAGCGGAUGUUGAGAAGCAAAUGCCUGCGAAGUAUGAGCAUGUUGUUUACUGCAGACUCUCCAAGCGACAAAGAUACCUGUAUGACGGCUUCAUGUCACGAGCGCAGACCAAGGAGACUCUUGCAUCCGGGAACUAUCUCUCAAUCAUCAAUUGCUUGAUGCAGUUGCGGAAAGUUUGCAAUCAUCCAGAUCUUUUCGAGACUCGGCCUAUCUCAACCUCGUUCGCGAUGCCUCGUUCUGUUGUCACAGAGUUUGAAAUCCAGGAAAAUCUCGUUCGGCGACGGCUAUUGUGGGAGCAUCCUUUGGAAAAACUUGAUUUCGAUUUCCUCAAUCUGGUUCCCAUCUCAAGGGAGGACAUAUCGCGAAGGCUGGCAGAUGAUAGUGCUAAAAUCAUGGCCUAUGCUCCUUUUAAUGCGCUACGUGAGCGUCAGUACCACCGCACGAAUUGGCAAAUGAAGUUUGACGGUUCAACCAUACGGUCGACAUUGGACGCAAUUGAAAAUGAUUGCAGGAAGAGGCGAAUGGCAGAACUGGAAAGAUCGCUCUACUUUGAGUCGAAGCGCCAUGGUCGUCGUCCUGUGUACGGAAGCAGCCUUAUUGAGUUUCUCACCGCAGAUAGCAAACAACGGCCGACUGCCAAUGGACCGUUACGGAAACGCUCAUACGCCGAGUGGCUAUCCAGUCAAUCCUCGGUACUUGCGUCGAUGAUCAUGUCUGUCGAGGAACGAUCGCAAGUCAUGGAUGGGUAUGUUCAGAGAUUUGCCUGUGUUACGCCGGCAGCAAUCGCUGCAGGUGUCACGGAAGCCGCUUUAACGCCUAUCUCGACGCGCCAGCUCACGAGGAAGGAGAGAUUUCCGGCAUAUGAUCCGUUCCAUGAAGCCCAGAUGCGUUUGUCCAUUGCCUUUCCAGACAAGAGGCUUCUACAGUACGACUGUGGAAAGCUACAAAGACUGGACAAAUUGUUGCGAGACCUUAAAGCAGGCGGUCAUCGCGCCCUGAUCUUUACCCAAAUGACCAAGAUGUUGGACGUGCUAGAGCAAUUCCUCAACAUCCACGGCCACCGAUACCUCCGCCUGGACGGUACAACCAAGGUUGAACAGCGACAGAUUCUCACAGAUCGGUUCAAUAACGACAAUCGUAUCCUAGCAUUCAUCCUCUCUAGUCGGUCCGGUGGUUUGGGUAUCAACUUGACAGGCGCCGACACAGUGAUUUUCUACGACCUAGACUGGAACCCAGCAAUGGACAAACAAUGCCAGGACCGUUGCCACCGUAUCGGCCAGACUCGCGACGUGCACAUCUACCGCUUCGUCUCAGAGUACACCAUUGAGUCCAACAUCCUCCGCAAAGCCAACCAAAAGCGCAUGCUCGACGACGUAGUCAUCCAAGAGGGAGAGUUCACAACAGACUACUUUACAAAGCUCGACGUCCGCGAUAUGAUAAACACUGACGAAGAGGAGCUGCUGACCGGCCAAGACGAAGCCAGUGCAGCCAUGGAUCGUGUCCUCGAGAAUCGUGUCACUAACGCCUCGCGCGUCUUCGAGCAGGCUGAGGACAAAGAGGAUAUUGACGCCGCGAAGAACGCCCAAAAGGAGCUCGAGCAUGCAGAUGACGGCGACUUUGAUGAGCGUGCCAAUCCCGCCACCGCAGCUAGCCAGACCCCGACUCAGGCAGGCACACCCCUGCCUUCUGCAUCUGAUGAGACUCAGCCCCAGCCCCGGUCUACUGCGAGUGCGACUGCAAACGCAAACUCUGUGGCGUUGGAUCUUGUAGAGACGGAGCCGUCGCUUGGUCAUAUCGACGACUACCUCAUGCGGUUCAUGGAGUGGAACAUGAAGGACGAACCGCUUGUCUUACCCGUGGACAAGAGCACGAAGAAAUCCAAGAAAGGCAAGGAGCAUCGACUGAGGAAGAGACGACGUUAGUUUGGGCUUCGUUCUUUCCCCUUCUUGAUUUCCCUUGCUAUCUCCUCUUCUUAACACAUGUAUUUUUAAUGUGAUCUAUUCACCCUAUCUUUUUUGGGUGGGGGGCUACUAUUUUCUGUUUCUAUGCCGUUUUGUUGCCUAAAGGCGUCGUCGGUCGGUUUGUCUGUCUUUUUGUCAGGGCUAGAUGUGCACCGAAGAGAAAGUGAAGAGAAAAAAGAACUCCACUUGAAAUUCUCCAUGUUUCCCUCUUCGUGAUGUGUCAUAUUUUUCUUCCGCCUCUUACGCCUUCUAUCUCCCUUCCGCUUCUAUUUUCGUCUUUGGGUGAGUGGCUUUUUUGAUUCUUUGUCCCUUGAAGCAAGCGACUUGGAUGGGAUUUUAUCUAUAUAAUGCAUACAUCUUAAAUUGGUUGAGUCGAUCCAGUCAUGUGCCUUUUCUCUCCGAGAUCGUAGUUGACCAAAAUACGUAUAGUACGGAGUAUGCAGCCUAAUUGCAAGAUGCAGCGUGAAGUUGACCGGAAGCACGUUGUGCUCCAUAUCGACAAGCGUAGAUCAGUGUCCACAGCCACGGUCCGCUAUCAACGGGUUCAAAUUACAAAAUCAUUCCAACAGUCGGCAUAUUGACCAUAGCCCUCGGCAAACAUGAGGCGUGCUGAGCUGCUUCUUUUCACCGCCACUCGAACCUCCUCCAAGUCCUCUUUCGAGCUUGCCGCUACGAGCCUGCGAUGCAAUCCUGCGGGUCUGCUGCGAGAGUCAUUAUACGUCUCGAUGAGGGUAAACGACGUAAAUCACGAUGCAGAUCCACAGCGGAGACGGAGAGAUUGCGAAGGAUGGACGAUGUAAGUGCGCCGCAUCCUUUCUUUCUUUGCCUCGUUCUCAUCGUCAAACUCACUGAGGGAAUAAUUUAUCGUUGUUAUGACGGCCAACAAAAUCCGAGUACGGCUUAGGAGCACUGAGUUUCACGGCUCAAAGAAAACCUGUUCGAGAACGCAACAGGCCCGAGGUAAAUGUGGGGUGGUGAGCAUUGGCAGGAUCUGUGGCGCGUUGUGAGGACCUUCCCAUCGCGAUUUCGGCAAUUCGAGAUGUGAUAAGUGGAUUCGAGUUCUUUGCGUGCUCUCCAGCUUGACUUCAUAGCGCUGUGACUAUCAAACCCGACAGUCUGGUUGAAAGAGAGCAAAAGAGGCCCAACACCAACAGGCAGGUCGAGAUCGCGAACGGACACUGAAGUCUCACUCAGACUGGCUGACUCGUUGAGCUACGUGACGCUCGGGACAAAAUACCCUACUUUCUUUUCCUCGAGAUAGAAGAAAUACCUGGCUAUCCAGUCGAUCACACAAAACAACAGAAUUUCAGACCGAUUGCCACCUCCGAGCUGAAGCUGACACAAGGCAAAGAUCGUGUGUUCAAGGGUAUCAGCAUUGUUGAGGAUGCUGCUGCAGAGCUGCAGAGCUGCUUGUGCAACUUGGAUUGAGCUGCUUGCUUCUUUCUCUCUCCAUAGGGGUUUAACAGGCCGUGUUUCGACUUCUCCAGUCCAUGUUCCUCACCAACCGUGGGAUUGUGAUGACCGAGUGCAAAAAGCAAAGAGGGCGUGAUGACCGCUGCGUUCUAUCACUUUGACUCCUGGCCUAACAGUAAACUUCAGCCGUCUUUGCUCGUUUUAACUCCGUCCGUCCAGUGCAAAUUACUCCGUGUGGUGCUGGCGCUGUGCCAUCUCCACUGAUCAGCGUCGCCUUGGCGAGGGACAAAGCCGGAAUGCCGGGGAACCUGGAGAAGGAUCUCCGCCGGCCUCGGGGCGGCGGAUGCGUACCAUGAAUGAACUUCAUUCCCGCCGCUUUGACGUCUGUCAAGGAGCGGAGAUGAGCCGUUGGCGUUAUCUUUGACAUGACUUCGCUCCAUCGGAGCCCUAACGGAUAAUGGCAACUCGUGUGUCUGUUCGAGCUUGUCACUUACGAACCUGUUCUGGAAACUAUGGACGGAAUUCGCAGCCGUUUCCGAUUAAGUUAUCCUCGCCUAGAGCCCAUGAAAGCGAACAGUCAGGAAACACGGUGGUUGUUUGUGCUGGUGCUGUGUGCCCUCGCCUGUGAUUUCUCGAUCGGAUUUUGAUUUGAAAUAACUCCUCCUUCACAACAGCCUGAUCGAGGUCCUGAGCGAGAUGUCACAACGUUGAGUGUCGCAAGAGCAAUUCCCUCGAGACGAGGACCAGGGUGUUGAGCAGCGAGCAGGAAGUGCCGCAGCCAGACCAAAGGAAACUCUGAGAUUCUUUGGAGUGGAAGAACUUUGUCAGUCUCUGCCAUAGCAUGGUGUCACAGCCAAACCUGAUUUUCCUUACUUCGUCAGUGGCAAACGAGUUCUACCCUGGUUCUAUCGAGAUAAAUUCAACACAAUUUCGCGCUCAGAUCCAAGCAUAUAGCGGCCGUGUCCAGAAACUGGCCGUUGUCGGAACACAAGAAGGUUGAUAGAGUUCCAGGACUCAAGUCCUGAUAGCCGAUGGGAUGGGAACGCGCAACGAAGGUCGUUGUAGUGAGAAGAGAAAAGUUUCAGCUGCGAGGGCCCGAGUAGAUUGUAUCCCAUUUGAUCCGUGGAGAAAGACCUGGAUCAGGCGUCCUUCGGCGGAUAAUUGAUCGCGUAAACAAUGACCUUGUGGGCGAUGAUUUUCGAUAUGCGGGUGUUCUCUUCGAAGAACCGUUCUUGAGGCUGAGGCAUUAACAACCUAUCAGUUUCCCACGGCGAGGCAGUUGGGCCAGCAUCAUCGCACUAAUAGUGCACCCAACAGGAGGAAAGCUCUCGAUUUUCCUUUCGAGUACGUAACAGAAAAGCCCUCCAGCAUCCAGGGGCAGUUCGAUACCUGGCAGGUUGUGGCAGUAACUAGUCGUUUGUCUGUCGUCGAGUCUCUCCGCUGCGUCUGAUGUGCGCUCUCUCAAGGAAUGCAUUUCAUAUCACUUUUCGCCUUGCAGAAGCGGCGACGAUUUCUGCUGAUUCUGCAGGACUCGACCGACGGGUCUCGGCUCUUUAGCCUCUAUCCAGCCAGCCAUUAUAGCCGGGAGAUUGAAGGGGAUCAUCCGUUUAAUGUGUGGAACAAUCCUCCUUGUUUCCACCUGUAUAGAUCCACCAGUUCUGCUUUAUAUUGAUGCACGAUCAAGUUCGGCGGACAAGACUUUCUGUAAACCAGCUCUCGUACAUACCCGUCGUCCACGCGCUCGAAGUUCCCAAUUAGGGCCCGUCCAGCUUGCAGAGAGGGUCUCGUGCAACUCGAAGCCUGCGCAUGCGUUCGCAGCCCGCACGAGGCGGUCGAUGUGAUCGAUCGUGCGUUUGUACGAGGUGUUUGGGACACAAGAUCGACCGUAUCGAGUUUGUGCUAUUGAAAGAUCUGGGUAUGGAGUAGUGUGAACCCAUGAGCAUUGCUCCUGACCAGGGCCAUGGGGACCAUGCAGGUGGUUUGCGGCAAACAAUGCAUGAAGUUGAUGCAUCACAAAGAAAGCAAUGUAACCUUAUCAGCGCUGAUUGCGCAAAGUAUCUACUUCUCAACCAAAGACAGAGGCCAGAGGAAAGGACCAAUUAGGCCUUUGUGUUGCACAAAUGAAUACACUCUCCUGGAGAAUAGGGAUGAUUAGCUAUGGCUCAUUGUUCAGUCCACCUGAUGAUGUCGAUCAUUCCGAGUGUUGAAUAGAUCGCCAUACUGUGAAACUGGAUAUGUGCGAAUGAAUCGUCAGGAUGGUAUCAUUGCAUUUUUACUGCUCUUCCAUCGGUUGGUGCGG